CAUAAUCUCUCUAUCUCUCCCUCGAGGAGAGGUUCUCUCCAUUACUUCCUAAACCUACAAAUCCCACAAACUCCGCUGCUCGCCCUUAAACUCCCCGAAGUUUCCCGUCUCCGUCUUCAUCUCCGUCUCCGGAGAACUCUUCCAUCGAACCAUAUACCCAAUGAAUCUCUGUAUGUGAUCCCCUCUCUCUCUCUCUCUCUCUCUCUCUCUCUCUCUCUCUCUCUCUCUCUCUCUCUCUCUGUGUUCGAAAUUCUGUCACGAAGCGCUAACAAUAAACAAAAGUGUGUGUAUCUUCUAAAAUCCACCACAAAUCUUCAGAAUUCAGAUGUACGUGGGCCGCACAUCGAGAAAUGGCAUCUUCCAGCAGCCCCACAAAAUCAUCUUCCUCCAGCAGGCCGCCGACGGCCGUGAAAUUCGCCCGACGAACAUCUUCCGGAAGAGUCGUCAGCCUGUCAAGAGACGAGGAUUUGGAUAUUCCGGGAGAGUUCAGUGGUUCAGGCGACUAUAUCGAUUACACCGUUCUCAUGCCUCCAACCCCCGAUAACCAACCCAUGGGUGCCGGCUCGGCUGCUGGCCCAUCCUCUUCCGGGCCGGGUUCACGGGUGGGAAUUACCAGGAGGGCCGGUGAAGGGAGUAGCGGUGGAGGAGGGAGCAGCAGCGGAGUGGAGGCAAAGAUGGACCGGAGGAUGUCGGUGAUGAAAUCAACCAAGUCAAUGCUGUUGAGGAGUCAGACAGGGGACUUUGAUCAUAACCGUUGGCUGUUCGAAACAAAGGGAACGUACGGUAUAGGUAAUGUGGUGUGGACAGAUCCUGAUGAUUAUGGUGGGCCCGAUGGGGGUGUGAAAGCGACUGAUUUCAUUGACAAGCCAUGGAAGCCGUUGACAAGAAAGAUUCGGGUGCCCUCCGCUAUUCUCAGCCCUUAUAGGCUCUUAGUGGUGUUGCGUCUAAUUGCGCUUGGGCUAUUCGUUCAAUGGCGAGUUCGAAACCCAAACUCAGACGCAUUGUGGCUUUGGGGGAUGUCAAUUGCGUGUGAGAUCUGGUUCGCCUUCUCAUGGAUCCUGGACCAACUCCCCAAACUCAACCCAAUAAACCGGUCCACCGACCUUGCCGCCCUUCGUGACAAGUUCGAAACCCCUUCCGCAGGUAACCCACACGGCCGUUCUGACCUCCCUGGUGUAGACAUAUUUGUCUCCACCGCCGACCCAGAGAAAGAACCCCCACUCGUAACGGCCAAUACCAUGCUCUCAAUCCUAGCUGUCGAUUACCCCGUUGACAAGAUCUCUGCUUAUAUAUCUGACGAUGGAGCAGCCAUCCUCACCUUCGAAGCCAUGGCUGAAGCUGUCAACUUCGCGCAUCUAUGGGUCCCAUUCUGCCGCAAGCACAAUAUCGAGCCACGAAACCCUGACAGCUACUUUAGCAUCAAGAGAGAUCCCACCAAGAACAAGAAACGGCCAGAUUUCGUCAAGGACCGUCGUUGGAUCAAGCGGGAGUAUGACGAGUUCAAGGUUCGCGUCAACGGUCUGCCGGAUUUGAUCAAGAAACGAUGUGACAUGUACAACAAGAGAGAAGAACGAAAGGAGCGACAACUUGCACGUGAGAGUAGUGAUGCAGGUUCUCUUCCGGCUGAUGGCGUGAAGGUCCAGAAGUCCACGUGGAUGGCCGAUGGGACCCAUUGGCCAGGUACGUGGUAUAAUCCAUCACCGGAUCAUUCUAAAGGAGAUCACGCUGGAAUCAUACAGGUAUGGUGUUAUCACAUAUUUUUGAAAUUUGGACUGGAUCCUCAAGUCUUGAAUCUUGUUCCGAUUAACCAUUUAAAGACCCAAUUAUAA